CAACUUGCCAAUUAGAAAAACUAGUUUAAAAUGUGGUGUGGUAAUGUAAAGUAAGCUCUUGCUUUUCUUGGCAGGAAAUUUGUUGAGCACUUAAAUGUGCAACCUUUCCAGUAGCUUUUUUACUUAUUUUGCGAGUAUGGUCAACCAUACAGGCUAAAAAUCUGGGAUCUGCAACUUGCCAAUGGGAAAAACUAGUGCGGUGACGCAUCGGCUGGAGAAGAAGAUGAAAAGUUGUUCUGGUCCGAAUGAGGAUGAAGAAUUGGUCCAUGCCGGUUCACUUGGGUUAUCUUGCGCAAGUUCUUUCCUUUCAGUAUGGGCAUUCUGUAGUUGCAAUUGAUGCUUCACCUCUUCAUGGAAAGGUUACCGGUGCACGGGCAGAACGAAUCGAGAAGCAUUAUGCAGCUCAGAAUCGUAAAUCUGGUUCAACAACCAAGAGUCCGAACGUGCCAAAGACAAUUACAUGCCAUUUAAUGUCAGUUGAUGAUAUGAUGAAGGCCUUGACUGAGAUUUCACUUCAUAAAGAUGAUAAUGGGGUUGAAUUGAAUGAGCAAAAUGAAGCUUUUGACCGGAGAAGUUCACACUCUUUGCACUAUCCAAACAGUCAGAGUCAGAGUUCAUUGGUUCUUUCUGGCCUCCAUGCCUGUGGGGAUCUUUCAGUAACCAUGCUUAGGACAUUUUUGGAGUGUGAAGAAGUUAAAGCAGUUGUUAGCAUUGGCUGCUGUUACAACUUAUUAUCCGAGGAACGUUUCGACAAUUGUCAUUCCCAGUAUGGGUUUCCAAUGAGUAGCAGUGUUAAAUCUUCUGGCUUAUCACUUGCGAAAAAUUCUCGUGAUCUUGCUUGUCAGAGUGCAGAGAGAUGGAGACACUUGGGGAAGGAUGCUGGUCUUCAAAAUUUUCAACUACAUGCUUUUCGUGCUGCUUUCCAAAUGUACUUGGCUUCGAGGAAGAUGAUUGAGAAUGUUAGGAUGGAUUCAGGUCUCUACUAUUUUGCAAUUGAUUACACUUCCUCAAGUGGACAAGCUUCUAAUGCUGUAUGUGUUAAUUUAAUUCCUAUAGAUUGCUCAAACAAUGAUCACUCAGUUAUGUUAUGGUAUUACUGAUUAGGCCACCCAAAUUUUUUGUACUUAAAAGCAAAUGUUUCCUGCUUUAUUCAAGAAUAAAGAUCUACUUUUAUUUCAAUGUGAAGUAUGUCAGUUUUCAAAAUAUACUCGCAAUUCAUUUCCUAGUAUACCAUAUAAACCCACAAAUCCGUUUGCACUAAUCUACAGUGAUAUUUGGGAACCUUCACGAAUAAAAACUAUUACUGGAAAAAAAUAGUUUGUAUCUUUAAUUGAUGAUCACAGUAGAAUUACCUAGGUUUUCCUUAUGAGAGAAAAGUCUGAAAUGAGCCAAAUAUUUCAGAGAUUUAAUAUUAUGAUUUAAAAUCAGUUUCACAAUUCAAUCCAAGUUUUGAAAACUGAUAAUGUUUGUGAAUACUUUGAAUUCACCCUCAGGGAAUAUCUUAAAAAAUAAGGUAUUAUCCACCAAAGCUCUUAUGUUUACACCCCACAACAAAAUGGCAUAGUCGAGAUGAAAAAUAGGCACAUUCUUGAAGUUGGCAGAUCUCUUAUGUUUACAACCCAUAUAAAUAAAUUUUUAUGGGGUGAAGCCAUCCUUACUGCUACCUAUUUGAUCAAUUGAAUGCCUUCUCGGGUACUAAAGUUCGAAACUCCUUAUAAAACUCUCCUUCAGAGAUUUCCAGAAUCUCAUCUCUUAAACACUAUCCCAUUAAAAUUAUUUAGCUGCACUGCCUAUGUUUACAUUUACACUCACCUCAAGGGAAAAUUUGAUUCAAAGGCCCUUAAAUGUGUGUUAGUUGGCUAUUCCUCAAGUAAAAAAGGAUACAAAUGUUUUUUCUCAGGAACUUAUCGUUUUUACAAUACUAUGGAUAUAAUAUUUUUUGAAAACCAACCAUUUUAUUCUACAACUAACAUUCAGGGGGAGAA